AUGCCGAUCUUGUACAGAGUAGUACUGCAUCUCGGGCUGGGCGACUCGUCGCUAGAUUCACCCUCAUUUUAUCAUAAUGUCUUCAGUCAAAUAGAGAAUGAGACCGAUUAUUGGGACUGGGAGACCUCCACUCGCUUCAGGCGCCCGGACACCGCUGCGAAACUCAACGUUAAGAAUGAUAAUAUCUGCGACACAUUCCCCACUCACCUUCUCUCACGCAUUCAAGUAGUUUUGAAGAUCGGAUCCUCGGAGCCGAUGGAUCGCCUGACGACCCAGACUUCGACAGUCACUCGGUGCAUCUCGAACCUUAUUAUCGUUUCCGACCGCCGGUCCGAGCUGAACGGACACCAUGUAUAUGAUAUUCUUGCCACACUGCCGGGAUCAUACCAUGAGAGCUCCGAGGACUUUCAAGCAUACGAUUUGAUGCAGAGGGGUAAGUCAAUCGAUGCGGCCCAAGGUUGGCGACUCGAUCGCUUUAAGUUCCUCCCCAUGGUUGAAUUCUCGUAUGAAAUGAACCCGACUGCCGAAUGGUUUGUCUUCCUCGAGUCUGAUACCUACUUUGUAUGGGAUAAUUUGUUCCGUCUUCUGGACCACUUUGAUCCGUCAGUUCCUUUGUACUUUGGAUCCCCGUCACCGGGGAAAGAAGACCGCGGCAAGAGAACUUUUUUUGCCUAUGGUGGGGCAGGAUUCGUACUUUCGGCAGCUGCAAUUGACAAGUUGGUUGCUCGGAAAAUCGGGUCGCAUGGCGAAUAUAUCGAGUCGCCGUUGAGCAAGCGGUAUGAAGAGCUGCUGAAGGCUGAUCCUUGCGGGGAUUCGGUACUGGGGUGGGCACUGCAUGAGAGAGGAGUGCAGCUGUCAGGGCUUUGGCCUAUGUUUAACCCUCAUCCUCUCCACGGGAUCCCAUUCGACAAUGCAUAUUGGUGUCAGCCUGUUAUCAGCAUGCAUAAGUCGUUGCUGGCAGAUAUGGAGGCGUUGGUGAAAUGGGAGCAUAAACGGGAUCGAGAGAAACCUUUACUAUACGCCGAUUUGUUUGAAUACUUGAAAUUAGGGACCAUGGAGCGUCAAAAUGACUGGGAUAAUGGAGAUUGGGGCGGAUUCCAGGAACCCCCGGAGUCAGCGGCUCACAAGUCCGUCGAGAACUGUCGGGAAGCAUGCCAUAAGCACACCGCCUGUCGCUCAUACACCUACGACCAUGCAGGGCACUGUGUCUUUGUACCAACCAUGCGACUCGGAACGGCAAAGCCCGCGACUGCAGACGUGCAGCUAUCUGCUGGUUGGGACCUUGAGAAACUCAAGAACUGGAGAGCUACUCACCCCUGCGAGAAGCCAUUGUGGGUGAAACCAAGCACAACGCGAAUAUUUUAG